AAUUAUCAGUUAUUUAACGACAUUGGAAAGAAACGUACGAAAUUUUAAAAGCAAACUUCGUGAAAUAUGUUCAAAUUGAAAUCACUUAUCUUGUUAAUGGUAACGCUGGUGGCGGCUACAAAUGGGCAGCUAAACAACAACAACAACAAUUCAACUCUACGCCUUGAUGACUAUGUCAAUAUGAAGAGACAACAAUAUGCUUUGAAUAUUCAAAAUUUCGAUAUAAAAAUGGAUUUAUUUAAACAAUCCUAUGCUGCAAGUCUUGAUACUAUCGAUAGACAAACGAACAUGCUGAUCGGUAGUCUUGUGCAAACUGAAAAUAAAUUAAAAUCUCUAGAAGUUUUAAGUCCACAGGGUAAGCAAUGUGUUAAUAAAUAUCGUUUUUCACUACCAACUACCAGUGGUAUCCAAAAGAAUAUGACGAACUGUAAAAACUCAAACAGUAACAAUGUUUCUUACCUAUUGGCCAAACCUCUUAAUACCAGAAAUUCACUGCAAAACUAUUAUAAGAAUUCUUUCGAAAGAAAUGUUGAUAUUUGCAGAUGGAGUUAUCCUACACUGCCCUUGAACUACACCAUGUGUGUUACAAAAGUGGUAUCCGAUACAGAUAAAUAUACUAUAGAAAAUCAAAAGACUUUCUCCAAUCAAAUGGAUGCUGCUCAGUGUUCGGGAAAUGUCAAUAUAAAACAAGCUUUGGAUUGCAGUUAUACGACAGAAACUCGUACACUCUCUGCCCUCACAGAAACCAAUACACUGGUCAACAAGUGCAUAGAGGGUCAAGAGGAAUGUAAAUCAUGCAAUCAAUCGUCUGCAUAUACAUGUUCAGAUGUCGGCUAUAUGUAUCGUUCGGAGAUAAGUUACACGAGUCAUGUUAUGAAUAAUCCAUUUUACAGACGUUAUGAUGUUACAAAUUGUUUAAUGUUGAAAAUUAUAAAUAAUUAGAAAAAUUAAAAUAUUUUGUAAAUUAUAAAAUUAUUA